CAUGACGUACCAGACACCAAUAGCACGUUGACCACCGAGUUCUACUGCUGAGUUGCUUGUCACGACUUGCGCUAUGGAGGGAAAAGCACAGUUUGGAAAAGUAGAUUUUGCUGUUUUUGGAGUUAUGUUGCUCCUGUCAACUUUCAUUGGAAUAUACCAUGCCUUUACUGGGGGAAGACAGCGAACAACGAAAGAAUUUUUGUUCGCUAACCGCGGUAUGAUGGCUGUACCUGUGGCGCUGUCUUUGUUGGCAUCGUUCAUGUCUGCGAUUACAAUUCUCGGUGUUCCCUCGGAGAUUUACAUCUUCGGGACACAAUACUGGCUUAUUAUCGCUUCUUACGUGAUUCUUUUCCCAUCUGUGGCGCUGAUAUUUGUUCCUGUGUUUCGUGCAGUGGACAUUUCAAGUUCGUAUGAAUACUUAGAAAAGAGGUUUUCCACUGGAAUUCGUAACAUUGGAAGUUUGUGUUUUAUAAUCCAGACUUCUCUGUAUAUGGCCAUUGUGGUUUACGGCCCAGCCAUAGCUUUGGAAGCAGUGACAGGAUUUCCAGUGUGGGCCUCCAUUAUAUCCAUUGGCAUCGUCUGUACUUUUUACACAACCAUUGGAGGCAUGAAAGCUGUCAUUUGGAAUGAUGUGUUUCAAGCCAUAGUUAUGCUUGGUGGCUUAAUUGCAGUGCUCAUUGUCGGCACAGUCAAAGUUGGGGGAUUUGGAAAAGUCUUUGAUCUUUUGGAGAAAGGCCAAAGACUGAAGUUUAUUGAUUUUAACCCAGAUCCUACUCAGCGCCUGUCAAUAUGGAGUCUGAUCAUUGGGGGAGCAUUUGGUUUGUUUCCUCUCUGGGCUGUCAAUCAAACUGCAGUGCAAAGAUUCUUGGCCGCCAAGUCAAACAAGGAGGCAAAACGUGCUGUUUGGAUCAACUUGCCUCUCAGUAUAUUUGCUGUUUCUCUUUGUGCUCUGUGUGGAUGUGUGAUUUAUGCAUUUUACGCUGACUGUGACCCCAUCUCAGCUGAACGCAUCAAAAAGGGUGACCAGAUCCUGCCAUAUUUUGUGAUGCAUGUGUUGGGAUCACUGUAUGGAGUACCUGGUUUAUUUGUGGCCUGUCUUUUCAGUGGGACUCUCAGUACGGUGUCAUCAGGUCUAAACUCAUUAGCAGCCGUCGUGUUGGAAGACUUUAUCAGGCCAUGGUGCAGAAAUAGACAGAUGCAGCUCUCUGAGAUACGUGCUACAUUGUACUCAAAACUUCUAGCUUUUGGAUUUGGAGUAUUGACUAUUGGCCUGUCUUUUCUUGCCACUAGGCUGGGUGCCAUUCUACAGUUAUUUUACAGCGUCUUCGGUGUUGUUGGUGGACCUGUUGUAGGUGCAUUUUGUCUUGGAAUGUUCACGCGGCGAGCUCAUUCAAGGGGUGUGUAUAUCGGUCUAUUGCUUGGCUUUGCUGUUGGUCUGUGGAUAGGUAUUGGUGCUAAAGUGUAUCUCCCACCCGUCACUAAGGCCCCUCUCUCCACGGAGGGCUGUAAAGUCAAUGUUAUGUCCAUUAACAGCACAGUUAAUUCAACAAGUGCUCCGCCACCAAAGGAGUAUGAAGGUCUUAUAUUGUACAGAAUAUCCUGGUUAUGGUACAGCGCCGUGUGCUUUGCAGUAACAUAUAUCACAGGACUUCUUGUUAGCGUCUUAUGGCGUGGUAAUCACGAUGGUAACGAGAUAGACGCGCGUCUACUGUUCAGAAUUGAUUACUGUUUACCAAAUUGCACGAGGAAAAGUUCUGAAGGAAAACAGGACGAACAACAACAGCUAAACAAGGCUGAAAGCGAAGAAACUAAACAGAAUGGUGAGGCUUCAAAAUCAGGACCACACAUUGACGACGAACAGGAGUACCCAGAGGGUCCCUUGCUAAUGACGACAAGGAUGUGAUUACGUCAUGUUACGACUGAAGAGCUGAUUUGGCGGGGAACAGAGUUACUGAUAGGUUUUGUUGGUGAGAACAUCAGCGGUGGAUGGCAAUAUGAGGCUGAGAUGAAAUGCAUGCACAUAUACUAUGUGAUUUAUUGAAUUUUUUUCUAGAUAGCUGAAAUUAAGAUCGAAUAAUUGCCUUUUGUAAAUUUUUUUUUUUAAUUUGCCGUGCAAGAACAUCUACUAAAAUUUUAUUUCACGUAAUGUAGAAUGAGGUUUCCUCGCUUGUUUGUCCUUUUUCAAACUGAAUAUUCCUUUCGCGCAUGUUUUGUUUUAUUGGGAGGUUCGUAUUGGGUUUUUUGCUGUUUAAAUGAAUUACACACCUCCAGCUGGUCAGACAUGUGGUGUGUGGUAAGUUCGCCGCGGUUUACUUCGCAUACAUUGUUCACAUGGAACACCAAACCAAGGCGUAUAAUAUCGAACGCGGGUUUGCAUUGUUUAUUAGGGAUGUAAUAAUUAUUUUAUUGCCAAAUUAUUGUAUUUAAACUUUGAAAGGGUUCAGAAUUGUAUAAGAUUGUUGUUUAAGUUAGGUUAAUAUCAAUAUCGUUCGUAAACAUGACACGUUAUUAAAACGUAAUUUACAAUAAAAACGCGUCAUUUACAUAAUUUCCGUCUCACGUAAUCGCUGGUGUUUUUUCGUUCAUGUGCAAAGAUCCGCCCACGAGUUCAACUCUUCAGAGUUCCGUUCACUUUUGAGUGGAAGUGCUCGGCCCGAUGCCAGCAACUCCGAGUGUGGUGGACUGGGACGAGGGGGAGGGGUGAGGAGGGUGGUACAGAUUGCUUCAAAGAUGAUGGACCGCUGUCAAACCACAGAAAGAGGCAAAAAAAAAAAAAA